UUGUCACUUCGCAGUUAGAGUACCCUGAUCAUCUGACGCGAAGGUAUAACUUUGGAGAACAGCUUUCAUUUUUAUUAGCCUCUCUAGUUUCGCGCAUUGUUGUAUAACUUUUACUGUUUACAUUACGGAUGAUAUUGUGCGUGACAUGUUAUUACAGAACAGUAAAUAGUACAUACUGAUGUACCGCCAUGCUGUAAUAUUACUCUAGAAAACGUAAACGCGAAAAGGUUAGGACAACGAUAGUCUGAAACUAGUCAGAUGUUAAGGACGUAACCAAGACGUUGACUGAAGACGUUAAUCAACUAUUCGCUGACGCCCAGUGGCACAAUGGCACAGUGGGCACAGGUGCAGUACCUGUCCACGCAGACCCUGAGUGAGCUCUACCCCUCCACAUUCCCUAUGGAUGUCAGGUGCUACCUGGCCAACUGGAUUGAAGAACAGUGCUGGGAUGAGAUCAUGCUGGAUAGUCCUGAGCGCGAGGCUCGCGCUCUUAGUCUCCUGGAUCAAAUCAUCUCCUUCCUGCAAGCCAUUGCCCAGGAUAACCCCAACGUGGUGGAGAGAAUGAGACUGCUACACAUCUCUAGGAACAUGAAUAUGUACCGCUCCCAACCUCUCCAACUGGUGAUGACAGUCCAAGAGAUCCUGCAGAAGGAAAGAGCCCUGCUCAGUCAGACGGUACACCCUCCUGCCCCCUCACCCCUUCCUGAGAUGUCCAUGCCCCUUGUGGGGGCUCAGAGAGAUGCAGGCAACAGAGACGUGGACCUGCUGGUGCUCAAGGUGCUGGAGAUCCAGAACUGUCGACAGCAGAUUCACCAGCUGCAGGAGGAGCUGAACUGGGAGAGGGAGAACUUCGAGUCUGUGCAGGUCUCUCAGAGCAAUGGCCUGGACCCCAAGACAUUAGAACAAGUCAACAAACUUCAGAACCACAUUCAACAGCUAGAGUUCAACGGCCAGGUCAUUGCCAAGAAGCGUGUCCAGCUCCUGCAGGAGGCAGUGGUGAGUCUGGAGCAGUGCCAAUCUCGCCUGAUCCACCAGAUAAAGUCAUGGAGGAGGGAGCAGCAUCUGGCCACUAUUGGGGCACCAUUUGAUGACAACCUGGGACCUCUGCAGACCUGGUGUGAGCAGUUACUUGGAGUGAAUGUGAAACUCAGACAGGAAGUCAUCAUCAUGGGGCGGGACUGGGCAGGUGCUGAGUCAAUCACAGAACUACAGGAGAGGCUUGGACUUCUGCUCCAGACACUAAUCCAGAGCUCCCUCAUGGUGGAUAAGCAGCCACCACAGGUCAUAAAGACCCAGUCUAAGUUCUCCACUACUGUGCGCUACCUGCUGGGAGAGAAGGUGGCUCCAGGAAAACCCGUGCUGCUCAAAGCCCAGAUCAUCACAGAAGCUCAGGCCCGGAACCUAGGCCAGCUUGGGACUAUACCCACGGAGAAUGUUGGAGAGCUGAUCAACAAUACAGCCAUUUUAGAACACAACACUUCCACCAAGAGCACUUGUGCCACCUUCAGGAAUAUGUCCAUCAAAAAGAUCAAACGGGCAGAUAGGAAAGGAUCCGAGUCAGUGACAGAAGAGAAGUUUGCCCUCCUCUUCUCCACAGAGAUCAGCAUCACAGGGUGUGACACGCCCUACCGCAUACAGAUGAUCUCUCUCCCCAUCGUUGUGAUUGUUCAUGGUAGUCAAGACAACAAUGCUUUGGCCACAAUCAUCUGGGACUGUGCCUUCUCUGAACCUGACCGGAUCCCAUUUGUGGUGCCAGAGCGGGUGCCUUGGAAACAGAUGUGUGCCACCCUGGACAGCAAGUUCAGGUCAGAGGUGCAGACACAACGCAGCCUGGACCGCUACAACCAGCACUUCCUCGCCCAGAAGAUAUUUGACAAGCCUGACUUCUCUGGAGACUUCAGCAAUAUGCUGGUAUCCUGGGCCCAGUUCAACAAGGAGGUGUUGCCAGGUCGGUCUUUCACCUUCUGGCAGUGGUUCGAUGGAGUAAUGGAGCUCACUAAGAAGCACCUUAAAAGCUACUGGAGUGACGGGCUGAUAUUUGGCUUCAUUGGGAAGCAGCACCUCCACCUGAUUCUGCAGGACCGUCCCAACGGCACCUUCCUGCUUCGCUUCAGUGAUUCAGAGAUUGGAGGGAUCACCAUAGCCUAUGUCGCUCCCACUGACAAUGGGGGCAGGAAAAUCCAGAACAUCCAGCCUUUCACAAAAAAGGACUUGGAGAUCCGUUGCCUGGGUGACCGUAUCCGUGACAUCGAGCUCAUCACACAUGUGUACCCAGACUUACCCAAAAAUGACUUUUUCAAGAAAUAUUACACAGAUGAUCCUCUGCCUUACAGCCAUGGCUACAUUGGAGUCUCCAUUCAAACUAAAGUUGUAGCAGGGGAGAGUGCAUCCUCCCCUUCCUCAAUAGUGCCCCGUAGUGAGACUCCACAGGACACCCAUAUUCGACCCCAAUAUCCUUCCGGUCCACUCUACCCCAACCUCCCACAGUUCCAGCCCCACUACCCCCCUGACAUGGAGGUCCCAGGAGUGCCGUACCCAGACCCGCUUUCCAUCAGCCCCUUCUCCGUAUCAGACAUGGCUCCGAAUAACCCUGCCCCAGAAAAUGAAAUGGAACUGGAAGAUUUUCUGGACCCAGAUAUUUAUAAAAUGCCACAGUGAUGUCAUUCCCCCUUCCUUAAUUUAGUUACAGUCUGUGAAUCGGCUCCUAUCAACAAAAUCAAACAAAUCAUCAAAAGAAGCACCCAAUGGAAUACAGAGGACCGAGUCACAGGAAACACUUUUUGCCUGUACAGAAACGCUACUUUUUUCUUUUCUUUCAGUCUUACUUCAUUAUAAUAUCUUACACAGGUGUACAAUUACCAUCAUAUACAAAACCUUGGGGGUGCCCUCAUCAUGGUGGCAGAGUCGAAAGCAACGUUUGGUUGAACUCUUGUGCUUGGACACAUUUAUGCUAUCUGUUUUGGAACAAGGACAGCAGACAAGAUCCAUAUUGUUCUAUGAGCGUCCUCUGAGCCAACACUUCACCUAACACUUCACCUAACAUACAUGGACCAAAGCCAGGAAAGCAGUGGCGGCUGACAUGGAAUAGGAUAAGGCUGAGGAAAUUUACAUUUACAUUACAUUUAUUCAUUUGGCAGACACUUUUAUCAAAAGUAACUUACAAGUGAGUUAGAGUACAACACGAGCAAAAAAUGGUACAUUGUAAAAUGCAUUUUUGUAUUUAAAAACAGAAAAACAGGAAUGUCAAUAUAUGGCAGAGUUCAUGGCCCCCCGUUACAUUCCAUUUUACAGCGAUUGUGAGUUAGCAUUGUACAGUAUUUUAGUUUAUUCUUUUUUUGUUCACCACUUCAUCUAUCUGCUAGAAUGUGCUCCCUACAUACACACACACACAGACGAGUGACAAAUUAAAGGAAAACCCUGAAUAAAUGAGUGGAG